AGAAAACAAACGGACUGUGUCUCUCUGUGUGACACUGUGGCACUCUUGUUGGAAAGCACUCAUUGACUCUUGCGAAAAAGAUUGAUUGAAGCCGCCAACUUUUUAAAAGAAUCUAUAAAUGGAAAACAAAUAUUGUAAAUUACUUAAACCAUGAGUUAUAUCCUCGGAAAAGAUUUACGGACCCAACAUUUACGGAUCGUACUACAGUCAUAAAUUCAAUUGAAGAAGCCACAAUUGGUGUCACGCACGAGAUAGAUAACGACAUUAUGGCCAACGAAGACAUAUCCAUGGAUAUUCUACGUGAGCCGACUACCGAUGCAAUGCAAAGAACAAUACAGGAAAACAAUGACGAUCCGAUGUCCGACGUUCUGCAGAGGAUAGAAGCACCUUCGUCGGAGACUAACGAAUUCUCGCACAGCACGGACAAAUAUCGCGACAAAAGGGAAUCCAGCAAAAAAGAUGGAUUGCCGGAUAAGGAGUUUCUCGCGAGGAACUCGUUGUUCACCGAUCUCUUCAAGAUCCCGCAUUUUCGCACAAUUUACAAUAUCUACUUGAUGAUCUUCAUAUUCCUGCUUUCCAGCUCGGUCGUGUGCGACAUUAUAGAAUAUGGAACCAUUCACCAUGGUAUCAAUGCGUUUCGAGUUGGUUUUGCAAAGUUUCCAACAUGCAUCUAUAUUUGGUUGCCCAUGCAAACCUCGACACUCUGUGUCUACGUGGCCUUCACCCUCUGGGCGAAUCAGCGACUCCGAUUCUUACCGGAAUCCUGUGUCCAGAAAUUUUGGGAUUGCGGCUGGCUAUUAGCAUUCAUAUUGUAUCAAGUUCUCUUCUUCAUUAUUCCUGUCACAAUGAUAAUCAAAACAAAUCUUUCCAUAUGUUGCAAUAGUAUUAUUAUUUUAGAGCAGAUACGCAUGGUGAUGAAGAGUUGGGCUUUUGUCAGGAGCGCCGCACCGAGGUAUUUAUUGUAUGAAUCCCACAGCGAAACUUCACGACCAAGCGGCCCCAAAUUCUCACAAUAUUUGUAUUUUCUAUUCGCACCGACUCUUCUGUAUCGCGACGAAUAUCCUAGGGCGACAGAAAUCAGGUGGAUGGUGGUGUUUCGGAAUUUCUCUGAAGUCGGCUUAUCGAUUUUCCAUGAGGCCUUGAUCUUUGACCGUGUCGUAGUACCGAUCUAUCACGCGUUCGGCACGCAAUACCUAGAACCAAAGUGGUUUAUCAAAAUUGCACUCGAGUCUUGUAUUUUCGUCUUUCUCCUUUACAUCGUCGCCCAAUACUUCUUCUUUCAUGCAUGGAUGAACGCUUGGGCAGAAAUGCUGCGGUUCGCAGACCGAUCGUUUUACAAGGACUGGUGGAACGCCACGACUUUUAAUGAAUAUUUCCGCAAAUGGAACUUAAUAGUGCAUAACUGGUUGUAUUCAUACAUCUACAAGGACAUGUAUGAAAUUGUGAUGCCGUACAACCAAACGUUGGCAGUUACCGCCGUAUUUUUCAUUUCCGGCAUCGUUCACGAUUACGCAAUGGCGUUCAUAUUGGGUUUUUUCUAUCCAGUGACAUUCAUCAUACUCUUCGGAAUUGGCGUACCCGUUUUCUUCAUCUCCAAGAGCAAAGUUGUAAUUACCAAUAACAUCUUCCAAUUGAUAUUCAAUAACAUCAACUUAAUGAUUAUAUUCAACUUAUAUACUAUGGAGUUCAACGCCCGCUGGAACAAUUGUCCACCACAUCACAAUUAUUAUCUAGAUCUGCUCAUACCACGGAGUUGGAGCUGUAACACAUAUGUCAUAGGAAGUAGAUAAAAACUGAAUAGGAAAUUAAUACCAGUGGCAACACGUUUAUUCAGUGCUACGAAUGCUUGUAACGAAGUGGGUAAAUCAAUCGUUUUUAUAAAAAUGUGUUGUAAAUUUAAUAAGUAUACAUUAUUUUAUGGUUUAUUACUACAUAUUAUAAUAUUAUUUAACUAUCUAACUA